AUGCCUACUCCACUAGCCAAAGGUAUCUUGGUCACGGUGACCGCUUUGGUCGCAGCCGGUGUGGCUGUUUACCAGUCUCCUCAGUUUCAAGAAUGGAUGAACACCUCUCGACGCAAGAUUGCGGUUGCCUUGCAUAACCUCGGCGAUGAGAUCCAACCACGCGACGCAGCCUCUCCAGCGCAAGAAGACAUUUCAAUGACCGAGGAGGUCGGGGAGGCCGCAGAAGAACGCAGACGAAUUGCACGAGCAGAAAUAAUGCGGCGGGCUGCUCUGUUGGAAUCCCACCGCAAUUCAAAAGACUCCCAGACACCGGGGGACAGUUUCGAUACGUUAGUAGACCAAGAGGGCAAGCUCCGCAUGCAAAAUAAGAAUAUCCGAGAGCAAUCAGAGCAAAACGCAGUGGCUAGCUCGACUGGAGUGGAUAUUCAUUCAACACAGCAGCUUCGACGAGGCAAGCCCAGUGAUAUUGAUGGAAAUCGACUGCAUAUCGAUCUUUCUUCUGAUACCGUAUCUCGCCCAUCGGAGUCUAUUGCGCAAUUCACGCCUACUUCGGAACGUCCACAUGAAGAAAUAUUGUUUGACCCAUUUUCCGAUUCCCCUGUGAGGGCACAGUCACCUAUGUCUGCCUCCUUCGCAGAAUCGAGCCACACAGAAGACAACACCUCAGUCUAUUACACUCACCCUUAUUCAUCAUCUGAUCCCAUCCAGCAGCCAGAGUUGAUAGCCGAUCUCAACGAUUUCAGUCAUGGAGACCAUGUUCAGCAUGAAGUUUCAUCAGCAGCAUCUACGGCGGGAAGUUUCAGCCACGUACACGAAAUCUCUGAUGUAUGGUCUGAUGGAACAUUGAGUGAGAUUGGAGCUCCUUCGGUCGAUGGUAUUGCUACGCCGUCCAGCUGGUCUGAAAUUGGCAGUGUAAUCAGCGACCAUGAUGCUGGUCAUCAUAAUCUCCUAUGA